UCUUAAAACGAUGUUGAGAAAACUCCGUUCACGGCGGCGACCGACCUACGGUACGCAUGUUUGCGCCUUGAUCGCUGCCCUGCUCUUACUACUCUCCGUCUCUAUCCUCUACAGCCGCCUCAGCUCUGAUCGCCAUUCCCACCGCCCACGACACCAUCAAACCGACGAACUCACUUUCGAUCCUCUCGUUGAAGAAGCCGAUCCUGAUGACAGGAACUCCUCCGAAGACCGGAUCGACGAGCUAGACGAUGCCGUACAGGAAGAUCGAGAUUCUAGGGUUCAAGACGAGGAGGACGGAGACGAAGACGAAACUGAUCAGUCUAGGGUUUCAAAAUACUACUUCGAUCACGUACAAGGCGUGAUUCGACGGGCUUUCGACAAGCGGUCCAUCGAUCAGUGGGAGGAUUAUGCAAGUUUUGAUUCGAAUUGGGAUGGUACUACAACCAGCAUUAAUCUGGCAUUUAGUUCAGAUGAUGUUCCAUUGGAUGAUAACGUGAGGAGGAAAGUGGCGGAAGUGAAGGGGAUCGAGGAUGCACUACUGUUGAAAGCGGGGAAUAAGGUUUCUCCGUUAAGGGAAGGUUGGGGAGAUUGGUUUGAAAGGAAGAGCGAUUUCUUAAGGCGGGAUCGGAUGUUUAAAUCAAAUCUGGAAUUGCUGAACCCUUUGAACAAUCCAUUUUUACAAGACCCUGAUGGGGCUGGAGUUACAGGAUUCACCAAGGGUGAUAGAUUGGUUCUAAAACGUAUCAUUAAUGAAUUCAAGAAGGUACCUUUCACCAGUAAAAAGCCUCUAGGUGUCUCAGCUCACAAUCCAGAAUCAGAAUCCAAGGGAAAGAACAGAUCACUAGAAGAUGGGGAAGGAACGAAUUUGAAGGUUGAGAAUGUCCAUGAAGAUAGCAAGAGUGAAAUGAAGAUAGCAGAGCGAAGAACUUUGGACGACAAUGUCAAUAACAGAGCUGAGAGAAUUCACCAGGUCAUGGACAAAAGUAGUAAUUUAAAAGCUACACAUGGCAAUGGCGGAAUAAAAUCCGAGUUUUCUGGUCAAAUUUAUGCUGAUGGGAAGAGAUGGGGUUACUUCCCUGGUUUGUAUCCUCGCUUAUCUUUCUCCAACUUCAUGGAUGCAUUCUUUAGGAAAGGCAAGUGUUUGAUGAGAGUCUUCAUGGUGUGGAAUUCUCCACCAUGGAUGUUUACUGUUCGACACCAACGUAGCCUUGAAAGCCUGCUCUUCCACCAUCCAGAUGCCUGUGUUGUGAUGUUUUCCGAAACAUUAGAGCUCAAUUUCUUUGAUGGUUUAGUAAAAGACGGUUUCAAAGUUGCUGUUGCCAUGCCAAAUUUGGACGAGUUACUGAAAGAUACACCAACCCAUGAAUUUGCUUCUGUCUGGUUUGAGUGGAGAAAGACAAAAUUUUAUCCUACUCACUAUAGUGAGCUUAUCCGCCUAGCUGCUCUUUACAAAUAUGGUGGGAUCUAUCUUGAUUCUGAUGUUAAAGUUGUGAGACCACUUCAUUCUUUAUCUAAUACGGUGGGUCUGGAGGAUGAAUUAUCUGGAAGUCACUUAAAUGGAGCCGUGAUGGCAUUUAGAAAACACAGUCCAUUCAUAAUGGAGUGCUUGACGGAGUUUUAUGCAAGUUAUGAUGAUACCAGCUUAAGGUGGAAUGGAGCUGAUCUUUUGACUAGAGUAGGAAGAAACUUUCUGCAUGAAGAAAAGAAUCAGAUGGAGCUGAAACUUCAACCCUUUUUUGCUUUCUUCCCUAUAAGUCAUACAAACAUCAUAAGAUAUUUCACCCCACCAGCAACGGAUAUCGAAAGAGCUGAUCAAGAUGUUCUAUAUCAAAAGAUCCUUAAUGAGUCAUUAGCAUUUCAUUUCUGGAAUAGCUUAACAUCUUCUCUAGUUCCAGAACCUGAAAGCCUAGUAGCCAGACUUAUUGACCAACACUGUAUUCGCUGCUCCGAUAUGUUGUAAAUUUGGAUCCCCGUUCACCCACAAUAUGCUCAAAGUCCAAUGAGUUAGACAGGGACCAAGCUUCAACUUCCCACGGUGUAAGUUAUUUUGUCAGAACGAACCAUCACCGCAGAGCGCGAAUGAAUCGUAUAUCAGCUUUUUGUAUGUGAAGAGCUUACUUGUAUGAUUUGUAUGAUCAUCUCCAAGGGAGCCCAGCUUUCUUACGUUUCAUGUCAAACAUACUGUAAACCGUGGGGUACAGUCGCUAUACCCUUUAGGGAAAAUGGGCAGAUCUGCAGACCCUGCCCACUGACGGGAUAUAAUGGGCUUGUUUGGUUUAGAUUGUAAACUUAGGGUAAAGAGCGUUGUGAGGUUCAUGAUCCCGCCAAAGCAAUGUAAGACUUUCUGCAGUUUAAUUACAGAGAAAGAGAAAUCUUCAAGUGGAUUUCUUCAUGAGGUACACAUUUUAUUGAAUCUUUCUUUACUGAAAUCUCUUUUUCCCCUUGAAAAUGAGUGAAUGUUGGCAUAUUGGAGCAACUGUUUUUUGGUCUAUGAAUUAACUGAUUGCAUGAUUUGAGUUUUAAUCUUAAAUCUUUUUUAAUUGUCGCAAAUUACCACUUUCUUGGCAAUUUAUUGUAGUUUUGUGACUCUGCUUGUGUAAUCGAACAUUGAGCCUCAUUAAAUCAAAUACAGAGGUUUCAUUA